CUAAGGAAGAUUGGACACUCACAAAAGCAUAAUAGUAAAGGAAAAACGUUGGCCGGAUGGCCUCUGUCUUUACUAAAAACAACUGAUUUGUGAAUUUCAUCCCGGAGGGAGUUUGGUCUCAAGGUUACUCGCGCUAGGCAAACAAAAUGAGGGAAGUAAAGGCGAAGUUUGUUCGAAAUUCGGUGAAAGUGUGUAAUGAUAGUCAGUGUGAAUAUAAGUGACAAGUCAUCAGAAUGUCGCACUUUUCACCAGUCCGGGAUAAAUAGUGUGUAUUUUCCCCAAUGAGAGAACUUUCGAAAUUAACGAUUUUGCCUCCCCCGAAGCCAACUCAAUCUGUUCAUUCUUUCCCGAAAUUAACCCUGAUUUGUAUUUUUGAUCUAAAUUACCCUCAAUUCGUCUACUUCCCCACAAAAUUUACUCCAAACUGUCAAAUCUUACAGGUGAAAUAGUUAAAUUUUAGCUGAACUUAGUGCUGUAGUAUACUACAUGGUUUGGAGAUUCGCCUUUAAUUCCGUAGAUCAGACAAAUCAUAUACGUGCUCGACAAUAAUCAACAUAGUGGUUUAAAUGGGAACGAUUUGUUAACAUUUUUCAGAUAUACAGUUGUCAGGAUCAUUGACGUAGAAAAAAUAGUGAAACACCUACAUUAAAAAUGACAAAAGAAUUGUCUUCGAUGGUAAUUUUAAAAAGUUAGUGGGAGUUUUAUGUGCAUAUACGAAGAAAGCUUAAUCCAUACGAGAUACUCAUAUACAUUAACGUUUAUUUUCGACAUCCAGUUAGUUUCAGUGUACUCGGCCAAAGUGAGAAGUUUAUUGUGAGCUUAAGGAGUUUUAAUUGAACAUAAAGGUUUUUACACUAGGGGUUACGUGCACAGUAACAGGGUUUUCAGUGACAAACGGAAUUUUCAUCACUUGAAUUUUAAAACAGAACAGCAGUUGACAGUUAUCAAUGUUUUUGUAGAAUGCUUUUCAUGUAUUUGUUAUUCAAUGCCCUGAAACUUACAGUUAUAUUGCAAAGGGCAGAUGAUGGGAUCCAAAAAACGAAAAGAAAAUGUUCAGUUACAAAACCGCACUUAAUCUUCCUUUUAAUGAUAACGCCUGUCCACUUUAUCUCUCUUUUCUUAAAAAAACCUUGUGUAGCCACGUCGUUCACCUUAGCAAGAUCUUUUUCGCUGACCUUGAUAAAUAGAAAUUGUGAUGUUAAUGCACCUUUUUAAUAACAUAAAUUAGAAUGUAGUCCUACAUCAUAUAGUGUUAUAGAAUCUGUACUUUAUAAUAUCCCGUUUUGUAUCAGUACCUAUCAAUGUGAAGUUCAUUGCUAAUUCUGGUUUGAUCAGGUGUAAUAGUAGAGAUUUGAGGGACGUUUUCGGAUAGUGAUCAUUGCCCUAUAAAUAGUACACAGAUUGUAAACUAAAUCAGUUUACUUACAAAUUUAUCCCUUGUAGCUUCUUACUGAAUUAACACACCUGAAGGUUACAGUUCAUACUCAGUUAACAAAGGGAACUGUAAGCUGGCUAAUCCCCCGCUAAAUUGUUUUGACUGGUAAUCUGUUGCUGGUGUUUUCAAUAACAGCACUAUUUGCCUCAUAUUUACGGACAACACAAUCUCGGCUGACAGUUCUUUCAUGUUUGUAUAUAUCUUUGAUGAUCUACAAGACUUCAGAAAGUUCCAAGUAAAGCUUACUGGUCACAGAUUGCAGUGUUAUCGAGUGUUCAGACAGCGACUGACAACAACAACUCUACUUCCAUUGGACUUAUUCACGUAGUUAUAGAGAUCACAGACUUACUUGGUAAUUGAGAAAGUUAAGGUUUCGAACAGCCUAAAUUUGAAUACUCGACCUGGCUGUAUCCUGUUUACAUUCCAGCGAAAUCCAAAAAGUCGUGUUAUCCAUUUUCUUCUUUUGGAAUGAUAUCACUACUAUUUACGGAUUACUCAUCUAUCAUUUACACUCGUGAAUUUUCUACAAUAACCACUUCCAAUUCAUAAGAAAAUAUUACUGAAGAACGAGUAUUUGACUAAAUGUUAUUUACAACGAAAAUACCAAGUCGAAUAAUCAUAUCAUUGGGUUGUUUCUUUCUAGUUCACUAUAUUUUUGGACAUUCAUUAUCUGACGUCGUUCAAAAUGUCUAUGUAAAUGCUUCUCAUCCAUCUGUAUCAUUAUUCCCAGCUUCCAACUUAUCUUCACCUAAAAAUGAGCCGAGUACAAAUCAAACCACGCAGGCUAAAUGGCAGCAUUUAUGUCCAUAUAUGAAGUACAAGUGUAGUGAGUUACCAGGUUAUUGUCUUAUGUGCAAUUUCAAUACUUCAUGUGUUUAUGGCGCGGUAGUCAAUGUUACUUGCUUCCCCCGUCCAGGAGUUUAUUGCAAAGAUUCAAGUGGUAUAGCUCAAGAAAACCAAACUUCUCAAACUAAUUCAUCAGACUUUUCUUAUCCGAUGAAUGAUCAAACAAAUUACCUAAUUCAAAAACCGAUUGUGUGUCGAUUUUGCCACCAGUUAGGUGAUACUGAGAUUGUUUGUAUCGGUCGAACUAAUUGUCGUCAACCUAAUGUACCUCGGAGUUUUUAUGAAACGAAAUGUGAACCAUUUCCUCAUAUAUUAUGCCUAGGACGAAGAGUAUUCAGGCGUAUGGUACCUUGUGAUUGGUCUUCUGGUAAAAGUUAUGUACUAACUGUUAUCUUAAGUUUAUUUUUCGGCGGUUUGGGAGUUGAUCGUUUUUAUUUGGGCAUGUGGAUAGAAGGAUUAGGCAAAUUGUUUAGCUUCGGUGGUCUUGGUUUAUGGAGUAUCGUUGAUUUUAUCUUAAUUGUAUCCGGAUAUGUAAAGCCUCCUGGAGAUGCUGUAUACUGGUGAUAUAAUAGGACGCAAUAGUGAUGUAAAUCACUCAUAUAAUUCAAGGUAAUUUAUACUUUUUACUACUUCCAAUAAUUUCAACAACUAUCGCGUGCUGUAAUUCUUCCUGUCUCCUAUAUAUAACUGUGUCCUUCAAGUGUUAGUUUCUAGUACUUGAACAUAUUUUAAUAACUUGUAUAUUUUUAUGUAUUUGUUUCUGUUUCUUCUGAAGAUGUAAUCUUAAAUCUUUUUCUUUUUGCAAAUGUUCAUGGUUAUUCUAAUAAUUUUUCAUUUUAGUCAAAUGAUAUUGUUUGUCGAUAGUUUUCAAUCAAAAUAUUUUCUUUCAAAAAUUUUGUAUUUAGCGGUAUUAAUUCAAUUAACACUGUUGGAUUUAGUGAUAAACAGAUUAUCUAUCGUUAUGAUUAUAAUAUUAUAUCUAUGUAACAUCAAUACGACAAUUUAAUUAACACUAGUCAUCAAUUGCUUACUUAACCUAAAUUGCAUUUGUUUAUUGUUCCUAAGAUUCCUCCUGUAUCGUUGUACUCUAGGUGUUGCGUAUAAAAAAAGUACUCUAACAAAUUAAACUUACAAAACCAUUAUAGUGGAUUUGUUGUGCUAAUAAGGUAUGGCAACUUGGAAUGAUGCAUAUAUGUGUCUGGUCAUAUGUUGUAGCUGACUAACUGACUAUAAUGAAUUUCCCUCUACAUAGGACAGUGAUAAACAUUUAUGGUGACUUACAGAAAUUCUCCAAUCACCCAUUUUUACUAACAACCUAAAUGAGCGAUUGAUAUUCAGUCGUCAACUCUGAAUAAAGUUAAAGAUAUCAAGACUUGGGGCAUAAAAAGCUACAAGUUCUGAUAGAUCAUUUUCAGAGGUUUUAAGCAAGGUAGUUUAGAAUUAUUAUAUAUGCUAACUGAGAUAUUGGUUAUAAUGUCUCCGUAAGAUG